AUGGCGAAUCUGAUACUCGGAACAGCGGCUGAAGGUAAAUUAUCCCAAAUUCCUCUUUCAAAUGACACCAUCAGCGACAGAAUAGAGUGCAUGAGUAAAGACAUCUUGGCUCAAGUAGUCGCGGAUCUGAUUUCAAGCCCGGCAAAAUUCAGCCUUCAACUCGACGAGACCACCGACGUUUCCAAUCUAAGCCAGCUUGCCGUUUUUGUGCGCUAUGUGAAAGACGACAUGAUAAAAGAAGAGUUUUUAUUUUGUAAGCCUCUUACAACAACAACUAAGGCAGCCGAUGUGAAGAAGCUUGUGGAUGACUUCUUCAGAGACAACAACCUUUCAUGGGAUAUGGUUUCUGCAGUUUGUACGGACGGAGCUCCAGUGAUGCUGGGAAGAAAGUCUGGUUUUGGUGCGCUAGUAAAAGCCGAUGCACCGCACAUCAUUGUUACGCAUUGCAUUCUGCACAGGCAUGCGUUGGCAACAAAAACCUUGCCGCCCAAAAUGGCAGAAGUAUUAAAAAUUGUAGUGGAAUGUGUGAACUAUGUGCGAAAUGGUGCUCUGAGACACCGCAUCUUCAGUGAGCUGUGUAAAGAAAUGGGCUCUGAAUUCGAGGUACUUCUUUACCAUUCGAAUGUUCGGUGGUUAUCCCGGGGACAGGUGCUGAAUCGUGUUUUUGCCAUGCGUGUGGAAUUAGCCCAGUUUUUGCAAGAGCACCAACAUUUUCAUGCAGAUUGCUUCAAAGAUUCUGAGUUCAUUCUCAUUUUAGCAUACAUGGCUGAUAUAUUCGCAGCUCUCAAUCAUCUAAAUCAGCAGAUGCAGGGUGGUGGAGUUAACAUAAUGGAAGCAGAAGAAAACCUGAAGGCUUUUCAAAAAAAGUUACCGUUAUGGAAACGACGAGCAGAGAACAACAACUUCGCAAACUUCCCCCUUCUGGACGACUGUGUAAGUAAGAUCGAAGAUGUGUGUGGACUUGGAGACAUAUCUGUACCCAUGGAACUGAAGCAAACAAUUGCCACGCACUUAGAUGAGCUUGCGAAGUCUCUCGAUGGAUACUUCCCUACAAGAGCAUCAUAUCCAGCAUGGGUGAGACAGCCGUUCACGUUUGCUAUUGAGACAGCAGAUGUCAAUGAUGAAUACCUCGACGAAAUCAUUGAACUUCAGCAGAGCCAGGUUCAACAGCAACUCUUCAGAACAACAACGCUCUCAACGUUUUGGUGUCAACAAAUGGAAAAGUAUCCAGUUAUUGCUAAGAAAGCCCUGGAUUUUUUUGUACCAUUUUUGACAACAUAUCUUUGUGAGCAAUCGUUUUCGAGGAUGCUGGACAUAAAAACUAAGAAAAGGAACAGACUUUGCUGUGAAAAUGACAUGAGACUGGCACUUUCCAAGGUGAAGCCACGCAUAUCUGAACUGGUCUCUCAAAGGCAACAGCAGAAGUCACACUGA